UUCACAAUAAUCACAACGAUAUCGUAGGGAAAACAAAUCCGAUUGAAACCUUAUCAGUGCGACAAACACAUUACCCGGCGAAUCUUAUCGCUACCCACAAAAGUGACUCAGUGGUUGAAGGAAAGUGGAGCGAUGAAGACCUGGUUUUUGCUCCCGGUAUUCCUCUUCUUGGGGACUUUUUGCCCCUCGAAGGCGGCGAAUAUCCUGUGCCUGGUGAGCACGGCCCAGCACAAUAAUCCCGGCUGGUCGAAGCCCCUUGUUGACGCCCUGGUGGCCAAUGGUCAUACCUUACUGGUGAUCAGUACUGCUCCCAAUCCGGAGCCCAAGAAGCAAGUGGAUGGUCUGCUGUACUACCACCUGCCCAACGAUUACGAUGUGAUGAAGAAGCACUUCAUUCGCGAGGAUACGCAGGAGUACCAGGAGAUGAUGACCCUGAAGCAGUUGCUGGUGUGGUACGAGGUGCUCUUGGGCAGCUGCCGUUCCAUCCUCAACUCGGGUACCAUGAAUAGCUUGAUGCCCGAAUUGACAGCCCAAUUGGCCGUGGACUUCGAUCUGAUAAUUACCGACGUCACCCAUGGAAUGGAGUGCCUGAUGGACGCGGUUCCCAUGUGGCGCUCCAAACCGGUUCUUGGACUGAGUGCGGGUAAACUUACCCCGGAUCUGAUCUCCCUGGUUCAGGCGGAGAAUACCAUUAGUCCGGCCAGGACACCACAUUAUAUCAGUGAAAUGCCCAAGAAGAUGAGCUUCUGGAAUCGACUGCACAACCACAUUAUGUAUUAUGCAGAGCCACUAAUCCGCUUAGUAGUAAUUAACCCUGUGCUCAAUGGUCUGGUGACCACUGAAAAUGCCUACCCCAAUUUACAACUAGUGCUGCUAAACACACAUCCAGUCCUGGACUAUGUGCAAAAUCUUCCUCCCGGAGUCAUCGAAGUGGGUGGACUCCACAUCAAGAGCGAGGUCAAUCCUCUGCCCACUUAUAUACAGGAAUUCACUGAGAAAUUCAUCGAUGGCAUCGUGUACAUCAAUAUGCCCUAUAUUGAGUAUAUGAAAGGCCAGGGAAGACAAGCUUUGAUUAAGAUGAUACUAAACAAUCCAAGCUGUGGGUUUAUUUGGAAUGUGGAACAGCUGAAGCAGAUGCCACCAGAAAUAUCUAAUUUAUUAACACUCAAUGUGAAUCAGUCACUGCAGCAGGAUAUUUUGGCUAAACCUUAUGUGAAGGGUUUUCUGAACCAUGGUGAUAGUUUCAGUCUUCUGGAGGCGGUUCAUAAUGGGGUGCCCUUGGUUGUGCUACCCCUCAAACUGGAGGAAUUUAAUAAUGCCCAGCGUGUAAUGGAACGCAAGCUAGGAGUGGUGGUUCAGACCAACGGAUUUAAUCAGAAAACCCUGUCUAACGCUCUAAAGCAGAUCCUGGAUGACGAAUCAUUCACCAAUGCCCUCUACCAGGCUCAGUUGAAAUUCAGGACACGUCCGCAGUCCGCUUUAAAAUUGGCACUUUGGCAUGUGGAACAACUAAUCCGCGAACCACGUUUCUACAAGGAUUUCGCACAAACUGAGGCUCUAACACAAAACUUCUUUGUGGCCCAUUCCGUGGAUGUGAUGAUCGUUCCAUUCAUUAUCCUCCUGGCUGUGGCCGUGAACCUAGGCCACUUGGUCAUAGUCCUUUUCACCAGGGGUUCCAAAGCUCAGCAGGUGCCAAAAGAAAAGGAGGAGCUCAAAGGUGAGGUACCCAAAAAGCGCAAAAAGGUAAAGAAGAAUUCGAAGAGUGGCGCUCCACUCAAUAUAACACUGAAAGAAGAGUCCACCGAUUUAAUUGAAGAUUUGAAUGAGGAGAUACUCAAAGGGGAGAAGCAACUACUUGACGAGGAGGAAAAGCCUUCCCUAGAAAAAAAAGAGGACUAAACAUUUUAUCAGUUUUUCUCUAUUUUCAUGUACCAUAUUAUGCCAAAAAAAAGACUGCCAAUAAAUAAAUGUAAAGAUCUCCCAAA